AAAGCAAAAUGUAACAAAUAUUUAAUUCUAAAUUAAUCAAUCAAUCCGGAACCAAUCAUUCUACAUAAUAAAUUAAUCUUUGAAACAAGACAAACUCGUGAUGCAUAAAUCAGAUUCUGCGGAUUUUACAAACCAACUAGAGUCACUAUUGGAGCUGAUGUUAAGAAAUUCUGCCCAAGAAUCAAAAAAUACAGAAAGAAAAGAUAUCAACACCGACGAAUCAGAUAUCGAGAACACUGAUAACGACAAAGAUUAUUCCGAAUCGAGUGAAGACGAACAGAAUUCUGGAAACAAAUACGGUUACGAGAAUAUUUUACGUUUUAAGAAAUUUUACGAAGAUCACACGCAUAACGACUUACAGGAAAGCGAACAUAAAAGCAUCUGGGACGAUUACGUGUUCAAGGAUAAAAUGUACAGAGUGAUCCUUAUAAAAUUAGACAAAAGUAAAAUGAAAACAAAAGACACAAAUUUAAUUGAUAAAAAUCAAUUAAUGAAACAAAAA